AUGAUACUGCGGCAGCAGCCCAGGGAGGUGGAAACUGCGAUUCAAGCAGAGAAGAAGAAACUUUCUCCGGAAGAUCCUGCAGAAUGUGGGCGUCAGGCGUUUGUUGGACCGGUUGCAGAAGCAGAUUCCGAUGUCGAGUUCAUAUUGAAAUAUGCUGUCAACUCCGCCAAAUGGUCGGCGUCAUACGACAUUUGA